AUGCUUAUGAUUAGAGCUGAUGGAGAAAAAAUGCCUGCUUUGCUCAUUUUUCAAGAGAAAAAUGGCCAGAUCCCGAACCUUGUAAGAGAAAGACUGAAUAUUCCAGAAAAUGUCAUCAUAAAAUCAAAUAAAUCUGGCUACAUUUCUGACCAGAUUCUUAAUGACUACCUCAGAACAAUAUUGAGACGAGAAAACCAACUGCUGAUUUAUGAUCAGGCUGGAAGUCAUAAAACUAUCAUGAUUUCUAAUGCAAUUUCAGAUUUAGAUGCAACCAAAAUUGUGAUCCCUGGAGGGUGCACAAAAAGUAUUUGCAACCACUUGACGCACUGGUAA